AUGGCAGCCAACGGAACCGCCAACGGCCACACCAACGGUCAGGCCAAGGGCUCGUCCAAGUUCGACCCCAACUUCACACAGCAUGUCAUUGAUCUCAUGAGCCCUGAGACGGACCCCCGCCAGCGCGUCAUCCUCACCUCUCUGAUCCGCCACAUGCACGACUUUUGCCGCGAGGUCGAGCUGACGCAGGACGAGUGGGUCACGGGCGCAUCGACCAACGGCAAAUACGACGCGCACGACCCGGAGAACCAGUCGCGGCACAACCUGCGCGGCAAGUUCCGCACCGACGCCGCGGGCCGCUUCGACUUUUACUGCCUCAAGCCGACCGAGUACGCCAUCGACACGUCGGGCCCGUCGGCGACGCUGCUGCACAUGAUGGGCCGCCACCCCUACCGCCCCGCCCACAUCCACAUCAUGGUCACGCACGACGACUUCCUCGGCGUCACGGCCCAGCUGUACCCGCGCGACGACCCCUACCUGUCCACCGACACGGCGUGCGCCGUCAAGGACGACCUGCUGCUCGACUUUACGCCGCUGACGGGCGACAAGAACGGCGCCGUGCUCGACUGCGAGUACAACGUCACGCUGGCGUCGAAGAAGUACAAGCCCGAGAUGACCAUGCUCAUGGGCAACGCCAACCAGGACAACUUUUAG